AUGUCCGCCUCCUCUGAGAGCCCCCGCAAGACCUCCUCCCAGGGCCACGACGACGCGCCGUCGUUCGUGCCCGACCAGGAGAAGUCCUUCGUCGAAGAUCAUGUUGACGGUGAUGACAAUGUCUGGUACAAGCUCGAUCUUGUCGUGCUGCCGGUGGUGACCAUCAUGUUCUUCCUCUCCAACCUCGACCGAUCCAACAUCGGCAAUGCGUCUAUCGCUGGUCUUCUCACGGCCUUGAAAAUGACCCCGAGACAGUACAGCAUUGCUCUGACAACUACGCUCGUUCCCUACGCUCUGGUUAACUUCGGGACCAACCUCUUGAUGAAGAUCAUCGGCCCUCGCGUUAUGCUACCGACGCUCUGCAUCCUCUGGGGUCUCGUUGCUACUCUCCAGGGCGUGGUCACGUCAUACAGUGGUCUCCUCGCGUGCCGCUUCUUCCUCGGCCUGUUCGAGGGAGGUCUCCUCCCCGGCAUCACCCUCUACCUCUCCUCUUUCUACCCCCGGCGCCGCCUCCAGGCCCGCGCCUCGGUCGUACUUUCCUCGGUUACGUUGGCGUCCGCGUUCUCUGGCCUGCUCGCUGCCGCACUCAUCAAGCUUCACGGCAUGGGUGGCCGUCCAGGCUGGGCGUGGCUCUUCAUCAUUGAGGGCGUGAUCUCCAUAGGUUUCGGUCUGCUCUCGUACUUCCUGCUCCCUUCAAGUCCUACGGACAUCUUCCUCCUCACCGAGCAGGACAAGAAGUACAUUGCGCAGGAGCUCCACAAGGACGGCAUCAUUCUCGCCGAGGAGCGCGACCUCAAGUACACCAAGGCUGAGGUCUUCCGUACCUUCAUGCGCCCGCACGUCUGGAUCGUCACCCUCGCCGGCUUCUUCAACGGCUCGUCCGUCGGUGCGCUCGGAUACUUCCUGCCCCAAAUCAUCGUCGGCCUUGGCUGGACUGGCUCAAAGGCUCAACUCAUGACCGUCCCGCCCUUCGCCGUCGCCGCCUUCCUGGCCAUCACCGCCUCCAUCCUGUCCGACAAGUUCGCCCGUCGCGGGUUGACGAUGAUCGGCUUCGGCACCCUCGCCACGAUCGGCUUUGGCAUCUUCACCGCCAAGCUCCCCGCGCACACCCUCUACGGCUCCCUCUUCCUCCUCACGCCCGGCGUCUUCGGCAUCGCGCCCUCGCUCGGGACGUGGCUCGCCAACAACUCCGCGCCGCUCGCCCGCCGCGCGACCGCGGUCUCGAUCGGCACCAUCGCGACGAACUUCGGCGCGAUCUUCUCGACCUGGCUCUUCGGCACGAUCUCGCCCUCGCCGACGUACCACACCGCGAAGGUGACGCUGCUCGUGUUCCAGAUCGGGACCGUGCUCGCCGCGGUCGCGAACAUCUUCUACCUGAGCGCGCAGAACAAGCGCAACGAGCGCCUGCAGCAGGAGCACGGCGGCUCGGAGCCGUACAAGGGCGAGGGCUCCGUCAUGGAGGCCGGCGACGACUCCAUCUGGUACAAGUUCGUGAUGUAA